GUUAAAAGUAAUUAUUAUGUGUGUAGCAACAAAUUACGACUGAAUCUCUAUUACUGAGUCAUUUAAUAUUGCAUGAUAUGUGAUGGUAUGCUACCGCAUUCUUGUCACGAACACUAGCUAAUGUAAAAUGUAGGACAGCGUAGGGCUGAGGUUGCUUUGACCAGGGGAGUAGAAGUUCUUCCAUCCAUCAACUCCAACUCACCUGUAUCCAAACUGGAGAAAACAGGUGGAUCCCCAACAAAAGCCAUUGAGCCACCCAAGGGCUCUCCUAAAAAGAGGAAAAUGCUGAGAUUCACUGGUGUUCCUAGAGCAAGACCUGAUGUAUCUCCAAGCCGGUCAUUGAAGCCUCUGCACAACGACAGAAUCAACGGACUUGCUCAGGCAAAGAAAUCCACAAGUCGAAUUUUAGAUCGUGCGGAUCACUUCAAGGCUGUCACUCACUCCAAAAAAGAGCUUGCUUUGCUUUAUCAACAUAAAGUGAUAUGGGAGCAAGAAUAUAUGCACUUACAGUACAUGGAAGACAGACUUCAGAGAGAAAUUUACAACCAUUUAACAAUAUUUGGUCAGUUGGGUUCAGAUCAACUUUUGCUGGCUGAUAAUAUAAAUUUCAUUUUAGAAAUAGAAGAAGAGAGAGCUUUUUUCCGAGAAAAUGUGGUUGACCCAUUGUGGUACAUAAGGGAAGACCUUCGGGAGUGGGUAAGGCAACAUGAAGGAUUAAGACCUUUGCCAGAAGCUGCAAGAAUUCAGCAUUACCAGAUACAAAGAGAAGUAAAGGAAUUAUGGGCAGGUUACAAAGAAAUAGCUGAUGAUUUAGUAAAAGAACAAAGAGAUUUGGAACAACAGGUUAAAGAAGCACUGCCUCCAUAUAUUGCAUCAGAAGAGAAGAUGAUAGCCAAAGGUGUGCCACCUGAAUUUCAUGAGCUUUAUUGCCCUGAUCCACAGCUUAAAGAGAAUUUAAUUGCAGAGCUUACAAGAUUAGAUGACAGUUAUUCAAAUAGAUUGAGAGACCUUGACAGAAACUGUGAUAGGCAAGCUUGUCCUGGUGGCUGGAAUGAACAUGACAGUGCAAUGUUUGAACAUAUAUUAGAGCAAUAUCCUUCAGAUCUACCUGACAGAAGAGUUUUGUGCUUUGACAGACUAAAAAGAACAUUUCCUCACAAAACUUUAGGACACUUGAUGUCUUAUGAAACUUGGUAUCAGAAUAAUCGUUUUCAUAAAGAUCGUAGGAAAAAAUGCUUAGAAGAUUGGGCCCGGGAGAGAUGGAGUUGGCUCUUGAGAGCUGUUACAGAAAUCUCCCAGGCUCAACAAUCUCAUGCAGGACACCAACUGAGCAGAGACGAAGCAUUAAGGCAGAAAUUCAAGUGUGAAGUUCUACGGCAAAGGGUGGAACAGUGGAGGAAGGAAAAAGAGAAUGAACGUUUACAACAAGCAGAAAUGGAAGCUCAGAGAAAAUUGGCUCUAAAAGUCGUGCAACAGCGACAAGCUGCCAAAGAGGAAUACAGGCGGGAGCUGGCCCGGCAGCGACUGGCGGCUUACUACGAAGAGAGGUUGCGCUUCCAAAAAGAGAGUGAGGAUGCUCUUCAACGUCGCAUGGAGGAUGCGAGAAAGAUUACUAAAGAUCGUUCCAAGCAUGAUAAAGAGCGGGUGCGAUAUCGUACAGAAUUGUUUUACGCAAAUCAGAAGGAACGCCGUGAGAGAAUGUUAAAGCUUCGUGAAGAAGAAAAAUUUCGCCAACAACGUCUUGAUCAAUUACGAAAACAGGUAGAGGUGAGCGAUAUGCACAACCCCGAAAGAAUUCAGCAAGACACUAUUGCUUCCCAGGCACGUAAGGAAGCAUCCACUGAAGGACUUGCUCUGAAGGCUUUGCACGAACUUCGCACUGUUCUUGAUGCCGAGGUGCUUAGAGAUCCUCGAGUCAGAUUGGAACAACAGCUCCGAGAGGCGGGGCUUCUUAAUUCAGAAUACGCAAGACAUGUUUUAUCACAAUUGCACCCUCCCAGAGAACCCAGGAAAGAUACUGUUUCUUCACUUUUUCUAACAAAUGAAGGAAAUUCUAGUCAACAAUGAUAUUAAAUCUAUUUAGUGUUACAAAUUGUACAAAGAAAUUUAAAUAUAUUUUGUGCUAAAUAUACAAAAUUAUCUCAAUAAAACUAAA